UUUACUUUCCUAGCAAAACAAAAGACAACAUCCACGGUGUUCGUUAAAGGGGUGUCUUUAUCUAGAACACAGACAUUACUUGGUGGUUCUUCAAGUAUGCUAGGUAACUAAGCUGAAUAUUAAGUCACAAUUAGCACUUCGAUAAACUGUACAGUAAACAUACUAUCUUGUUAGUACUUUUACAGCUGGUAUCUCAUCUUCCAUAGACGGGAGCAACUCAAGAAGUCCUUCUCCUUCUUCACCGAUUACACCUACACCAAAUAUGACUCAAGACAAUACAACAACACCCUCCUCCGAGUUUGUCGAAGAAGAGAACAUUGAGCAACCUCCUGAUGCUGGGAUGAAUGAUAAACAAAGAAAGCGAGGAAGAGGAGUGACACGUGGACUUGCCCUACAUAAACAAAAUGAAAGGAAUGGAAAGAAGUUAGAAGUGGAGAUAGAUCCAAUGCUUGGACGUUCACUAACUAGGAGGGGUAGUUUGGCCGUAUCUUCUGAAUUGGGGCAGCUGGCCCCUGAUUAUGUAUGGCCAAUUUCAAAAAAAGGUCAAAGGAGGCGUAUUCUUGACGAAGUUAUUCUGAGGCUGGAGGUGAAGUUGAAUAUUGUCAAUGUGGGAGACAUUGUGGUGAGAGGUCAUAUUUGGAGGCAAUUCAUGAGGAUUGUGAAGGGUAGAAGAAGCUAUUAUCGGAAGGUAUACCGUCGCUAUAAUGAAACAGCAAAGGAGCAUAAACCACGUUGUCUAGAUCAACAGAUAUGGUAUGACUUAUGUGACUAUUGGGCCACUCCAAAAGUACAGGCACUAUGUGAUAAGAACACGGAAAACAGGAAUAUGGUCCAACAUGUCAAUUGCCAAGGACCGAUUCCCUUGGUUCCUCUGUAUUAUGAGCUGCUAAAUAAAGAAGGAAGUGGAGUUAAUAACAAGAUUGACUUCUUCAGAAAAGUGAGAUGCACCAUUACUGGUGAGUGGAGGAAUGAGUAUUCAGCUGAAGCACAUAAUCGCAUGCAACAGAAGGUGGAUGAGACUAAAGAUAGCGACCAACCAGUGACUGCCGAUGAAGCAUUUCAUGAAGUGUUAGGAUCUAAUUCUGGAUGCCUCAUAGGAGUUGGCUAUGGGCCAUUACCCCCACCUAAGAGAGUCGACACGCGUGCUUUGAAUGAGUGCGCACAAGUUAGGGAGCAAAAUCACAAGCUAACAGAGGAAAAUGAGCGUUUGCAUGAAAGAUGUGGACAUCUAGAGGAAAAUAUGACCCAAGUCACUCAACAAAAUGAAAAGUUGACUGAAGAAAAUACCCGCUUGCAGGAGCGGUGUGCCAACCUUGAAGAAAAUGUGACUCAAGUGACUGAGCAAAAUCAAAUGCUGACACAGGAAAAUACUCGCUUGCAAGACAGAUGUGACCACCUCGAGAAAAACAUGAACCAAAUCAAUGAGAAACAAGCAGUGUUUGAACACUUCAUGCGUCAACAACUUCAAAAAGGAGGCAACUAGUAAGUGUUCUGAAAUUUAUUGUGAAUAGUAAGAUUUAAUUUUCCAGAUUUCAAUAUACUUGUAUAUAUGAAGCUGCAUAUGUGAAUUAGGAGUGAGGUUGAUAGAUUUUAGACCUUCUUAACUUUAUUCCCCUCACCUCACUUUCCAUAGCUACGGGUUGAAAUGAGAGAAGAUACACCUUAAUAUAAUGUCUAUAUAAAUGGAAGUAGGACCUACUGCUUGCUAUAGAAAAUGGCAUUCUUUUACCUUGGGAAAAUGUUUUAAUCUUUGAUGUUUCAUAGAGAUUUUUGGUUUCUUUUGUUUCACUUCUUUUUGCCGGAUGUGUACACAAUUCUUUUCAUUUAUCUGCUGGACAUGUACAUUUUUCAAUGGUGUGUCCUUAUCAUUUAAUACCACUCAUGAAUGCUCAUUUGGUUUCUCCGUCCUUUAUGUUUCGUUUUAUUCUUUUAAAUCAAUCGACUUUCUAUCUUGGUUGGAAUUGCAGAUGGAGUGCAUCAAGUGAUUUUGGCAUGGAGAUAUCUACUCCAUUGGUGUUAGAUUUUGGCAUGGAGAUAUGGACUCCACUGAUGUUGAAUUUUGGCAAGAAGAUUAGUUGUAGGGAAUAGGCAUAGGGUGAAUGGACUCCCUGAUGUUGGAUUUUGGUAGGGAGAUUAGUGUAGAGAAUUGAACUAACAGACUCCACUAAUGAUUAUUUAGGCAUGAAGAUUAGCUGUGAAGGAUAGGGUAGGCUCUAUUAAUGUUUAAGUCAAGUUGAUAUUAGGAUUCAGAAUGAUAAACUACAUGAACGUGUAUGUAUUGAGAAUGGAGUUGGUGUUCUCAAUCCUAAGACAAACUCAUCUUAUUAUUAUUUGACUAUUGCAGAGUGAUGAUGUUAGAAACCAUGGCUUUGUGUAUUUCAAUUUCUUGUCAGAUAUGUACAACAAAAAUUGAAAAAUUACUAGCAUAUAAUGUAUAAAUUGCAGAAAAUAGGACUUUCAGCUACCAUAUACAAGAGUAGCUAGAACUCAGUGCAGUACUUUAUCCAACCUUUCAAUAUGGUUGGUGAAACCUCAAAAGGGCCAACCAUCAUAGAUAAUAGUCGUUGAAAGUAGCCCUAAUGAAUUUUGUGCGAAAUU